AUGCCGGGUUGCCCGUCCGAGAGCUACGAACUGACACAACGGGGAGCUGACGCGUUAAGCCAAUUCUUCGGCACGUUUCCUCUCAAGGCCACCAUUAGCUUCGUCAAUUUCUGGCUAGCCACAGGUAUAAACCUGACCCUAGCUGGGCCUUUUGUGGAGGGCUGUGCACAGACCAUGAACCAUUUGCUACCUCUGCUAUCAAAUGAAGGUUGGCACUUGGUAUACGCACGGCAGUUGCUGCAGAACUCAGCGAAGCCACUGCAGUUCAACCACACAUCUAAUCUCGGUAGCUUCGCGGCCCAGUUCUUAGAUGAAAACGCAAGAUGGGAAACAAUCGGCAUAUUCUUCGCUGCUGUUAGCCGAGCCACACUCGAUGUGCCGUAUUUUCCCUCCCUAUAUCUGUCCGAAAAACAGCAAUAUGCACUGCGGAGAUCUGCCACCAAGCUCAGUGACUGUGCAUUGGAAAUCUCUCUUUCGCUUGACUGUCUCAACGAUUUACAACUUAUAUUCCAGUACGAGAAUUUUAUUGUUCAUUCACAUGUAGACGGGGAUCAAAGUUACCAUUCCUGGAGGAGACUUGGGGAUGCAAUCGCUUCUACCUUUGCCUUGGGGUACCAUGAGAACAUCGAAAACAAGCCCGAUCUUCCGCCAUUCUUAAUCGAACUUCGCAAACUUGCCUCUGCCCGGCUUUACUCGGCGGAUAAGAACGUAGCCAUUUUCCUCGGACGCCCACCCCGAAUGAGUAAGCGAUUCUGCCAUUUCCAGCUCUCAUCAAGCUGGACUGGAUUCGAUAAUGACACGCCCGAGCAUAUCACGGCAGCUCUUGGCGGGCUGCAAGAUGCAAAGCCUAGCUAUAAAGCUGAGACACGUUGGUCGGCGUUGUGCGCGUCGCUGAAAGAAGAGAUUAUGGAAAUGUUUUGCGACAAUAAGAAAGACACGUUCGUUGAGCGGGCUAGCGUGAUCCAAGAGAAAGCAGAGGCUUAUUGGGAGGCACUCCCGCCUCACUUUCGACUGGAGGGAAGCUUGAAGCAGUGCGCCCAGAAUCCGUUCGAGAGAGAUUUCGUGGCUGCCGUACGACUAAAUCACUUACAUGUGUUGUUCCUCCUGCGCCUGCUCCUCUUGAACACGCCGGCUGAGCCCGAUAUGCCCAUCACAGAGGUGGCGCAACAGAUGAUGUCCCUCGUUGUAGAAAGCAUCCUUGUUCGAGACCAGCUUGUUAACUCUGGGACUGCGCUUGUUUGGAGAGUUGCAUAUUACGGCCUCCCAGCCGCUGGAAUCAUUCUUCUGGCUAUGUUCCGACAGCAGGACAUUCCCAGUUCAGCGCAAAUAUCCUGGACCCGAGCGGUACAGGACUUGACGGUCUUCGUGGCGGAAGUCGAAGCAGGAUCAUUUAUCAAGAAAGGGGAUCCAAAUUAUGCGUUGCUAUCUAAAGCAUCACAGACAAUUCGGAGGUUCAUUGACGCCAUACACCCCCAAGUUACCCAUCGCCGUGUGGAUGAAAGUUGGACUGGGUUUCUUAGCCAGGAUCCGUGGGAUUUCGAGUAUUCUUUCUGGGAAAACUUGGCGGAUCAUCCAUCCUUGGACUCUUUGUCUGCUCUUUGA